UCGAUGCUAGCCUAGUACAAAUAAGACGAUAGUACUUUGUUGAGCGAGAGAACCUGCACGUAAUUCGCAACAUGAACUCGUUAUUUCCUCAGCAAGAAAUAGAAGAUAUACUAAAAAAUCAUUUCACCGGAAUCAGUCCUGAUCACAGGUUAGAAAUUUCACUAGACUUUCUCAAAGAUGUUGAAAUUCGAGACGAUGACGUAUUCUUAAUUGGGAAUGCAAAAUCGGGUACUACGUGGUUACAGGAAUUGGUGUGGUUAGUUGGUAAUGAUCUGGACUACGAGGGUGCCAAUACAUUUAUUGACAAACGUUUCCCAUUCUUAGAAUCACAAGGGUAUGUAAAGGAGGGAGUUCUUGAGGUGACGGCUCAUAUGGACAUCCAAAAUUGUCAUCUAAAUUCUUUAAAUUAUAUUCAAAAUUUAAAGAGCCCUCGUUUCAUAAAGACGCACGCAGUACCAAAAUGUUUACCAACUCAACUUCUUUCCGGUACAAAAAAGGCGAAGAUCAUAUACAUAUCCAGAAAUACAAGGGAUGUUUGUUUGUCUAGCUACUAUUAUACCAAAAACGUAGUGAAAGUACACGAUUGCUCCCUAGAUGACUUUUGCAAGGUGUUUAUCUCUAAUGAUAACCAUUUUGAAUCGAUUUUGUACUUUUGGAAUGCGGGGCACCAGGAAAACGUUUUAUUUGUAAGAUACGAGGAGAUGAAAAAUGAUUUAGGGGAGGUAAUACAAAGGGUGGCCAAGUUUCUCAAUAAAACCGUGACCGAUGAGCAACAGUCAAAAUUGCUGAAGUGGUUGGAUAUUGAUCAAAUGAAACUAAACAAAGCCGUCAACCAUGAAACUAUGUAUCAGGCGACGGGAUUUAUUAGAAAGGGGAUAGUUGGCGGUUAUAAACAGGAAAUGUCUCCAGAAAUACUUGAAAAGUUUAAGAUUUGGAUUCGGGAGUCGCUCAAGGAUUCGGAUUAUUUUGAGUGUGAAUAGUUUCUUCUAGCACUUGUAUGGUGUUCUUAUGAAUGCCUAUAUUUGUGUUCUGAUUUGUAUAAACGGUAGAUAUUUUUCCAAUAAAUUACAUGAUGUA